UGUCUCGUUGGCUUUUGCUUUACGAAGGUCAGCAGUAGCAGCAGAUCUCCUCUUCUUCUUCACCCCUUUGACAUGCGUCUGUCUGUCCGUUUGCCUCUCUCUUUCUCUCUCUUUUCCCGCCUCCCUUGUCUUCUUCUCUUUGUUUCUUUCACGUAGUCUCUGCUUUGGAGUCCUUUUUCCAUGUAGAGUUCGAAUACCAACGCACGCAGCUAACAUAGAUCUUGGGAAGCGAGAGACUCUCAUGUAGCUACAUGAAGUUGGAUCCUAAUCCAUGCAUGAUCACAGUGAUGGCAGUCAACACACGAAACCUGUAUAGAAAAACUCCUGCUGAUGAUCCGAUUGCAAGAAGACGGAGAGCAGAUUGAUGUGAAGGAACCUUCGUAUGUGAUUGAGAUUGAUGUUAGGCUUCUCCGAGAAUGUCCUCCUCGUCAGGAGGAAGAACUAAGCUGACAGUGAGAUAUACGUUGUUCUCACAUACGGAUUCAUUGAUCUGAAACAAAUAGAGGAAUGAAUCAAAUCCGAAAGCAACACAAAGAUGCAACCUUGUGGUCUUUCUCGUACGCUGCUACCCCACCCAAAUGUGCUGGUGAGUGUCAGCAGCCACUCACAUGCACCUCUCUGCCAAAAGAGACCAGCUUUGGGGCUUCGGGCCUUUCGGCUCUCUUCUACUUGGCUGUUGUCCAAGCACCAACACCGGCGCGCGCGCGCACAACCCCCAACACAUCUCACUCCUCCCGGCUGUCAACGCAAAACAAAAAGAGCUCCUCACGAAGUUUCCUUCCUUCUCUAUCCGCCUCCUUGCCGUCCUUCUCAACCAUUACAAAAGGGCGGAGGAGAAGCCCACGACGCCGCACCCAUUCCCACUUGGAUCCCUCCCCACAGUUACCACCUCCUCCGUGCCCUGAGCCUACGAGUGUCACCAAGUGACUCCAGUAGAUGGAACAGCACAUGGAUCUCUUAGCAAGAAAAAGCAGGAAGAGAAAGGCAGAAGAAGAAGCUCAUGUCAUACCUACCUUCUUCUUAGAUGAGCUGAACCAAGACCUACUCGAGAGGGUCCUCUCCUGGCUGCCUGCUUCGACCUUCUUUCGUCUCCGUUCGGUGUGCAAGAGAUGGAGAUCUGUUGUCACCUCCGAGACAUUUCGUGUUGCUUGCUCUCGGAUACCCUUCAGAGAACCGUGGUUUCUUAUGGUUGAUCAAGAUCUUGACCACUCGAUUGCUUUCGACACCAGUGAAAGGAAUUGGAAAAGUGUCGGUCAUCAAUCUUGCAUCCCGCAAAGCCGUAGUUGUAAACCCGUUCCUGUCUCUGCAUCUGGCGGUCUUGUGUGCUACCGCACAGACUCUGGCAAAUUCAUUGUGUCGAAUCUCCUCACAGGGUCAUGCCGUGAGAUCCCACCGGCAGGCCAUGGUGGUGAAAGCCAUGCUUUACAAGCAGUUGCCAUGUGCUCUACUCCAAUCUAUCCAUCUUCAUUUAAGAUUAUACUAGUUUCGGGUAAAUCACCAAACCUUGCUUUCAGAGUCUUUGACUCCAUGAAGUCUACAUGGGAAGAUGAAGUUAUGUUGGCUCAGAAAGCUGGGAGUUCUUCAGAUUCUCACGUAUCUGGAGAUGAGAUCAUUUAUUUCCUUAGCAAAGCUGGAGAUGUCAUUGCCACAAACAUGCAGAGAAGCCCAUCAAAACAAUACUCAUCGGUUCUCAUCACAGAAGAUGGAGAACAGGUUGUAUAUUUCCUCAGUGAAACAGGAACUAUCGUGGCUUGUAAUCUUGCUCAGAAAGCAUUUUUCGAGUAUCCUAGACUUUUGCCUAUCUACUUGGAGUACUCGAUCGACGUGGUUGAGUGCAACGGAGAGAUGUUAGUGGUUGUCUUAUCAGAAUUUCUGGAGUCUGCAAGCCUGAGAGUCUGGAAGUUCUGCGAGGAAAGCCAUUCAUGGCAACAAGUAGCGGCCAUGCCACCAUCAAUGUCUCAUGAGUUCUAUGGGCAAAAAAUGGACAUAAACUGCACAGGUUGCCAGGACAUGAUCUUUAUCUGUGCCAACUCAAGUGAAUGCAGCAGAAAUAUAAUGCUCGAUAUGGCGGCUGGUGAGUGGGUUGAGCUGCCCAAGUUUUAUGUGAACGGAAAGGCCAAGGAGUUCACGUCUGCCAUCUCAUUUGAGCCAAGAGUGGAGGCUACUGUCUGAGUGCUGAAGAAAUUUUGUAGGACUCUUAUCUUGAUUUCAUUGUUUGAUAUCGUUAUUGCAACUGUUUGCUA